GGUGCACGUAGCAGCAGAAAGCUUUUGAACCAAAACAAUCAACAUCUGAACGUGUCUAAACUUGCUUGGGGUAGGCUUGACUGACAGUGAUUUGCAAACGUUUUUAACAGUCUUCAGUCAACUACAACUUCUCUCUCUAUCACCCUCUCUCUUAACUUCAUAAUAAUGGUGUGGUCACCAAAAGGAUCUGCAGAUGCACCGUUUAAUCGUGAGAUGCGGAAAGCGACUCGUGACAUUCAUGCUGUUAGUGAUGCUCUUGUCAACGGGAAACUUGCACUUGCACUCUCAGACAACAUAGUAUGGGCAGAUGGCUUGCUUGUAUUUUAUGAAAUAUUUAGGUACUUGGAGGAAGCAAUGCAAAGAUAUAGGAACCAGCCAUUGGGGCAACUUAGAAUUGAAGGGAUGGAGAGAACAGAAGCAUUCGAAGCAGAUCUACGGUAUUAUUUAGGAGAGGAUUGGACAGCCACAUACACCCCACGAGAAAGUGUGGCUAAUUACCUACAGCACAUGAUGGAAGUGGAAGAAAAUGAUCCUGAUCUUCUGAUAGCUUAUGUCUAUCAUUUAUACAUGGGGCUUUUGUCAGGUGGACAGAUCCUGAGAAAAAAACGUCAAUUACUUAAUCGCUUUCCCAUGUUAGGUGUAAGCAGAAAGACAAGACCAGGUGGUGAUGCUGUAACAGAUUUUGGGGGACGCAGCAUCUACCAGAUGAAGAAGGAUUUGGUAGCAGCUCUCAAUAGUGUUGCUGCAGAGCUUGAUGAUGACAAGAAGAAAUUGAUCCUUGAAGAAAGCCGUACUGUGUUUGAGUUAAACAACACUCUUGUAAGAAGUGUGAAGGGGGUCGGGCAGGUAAUACUAAGAAACGUAGCCUUUUUUUUGGCUUUCAUUUUUAUGCUAUAUAUGCUUUGUAAAAUGUUUAUGUUUUAAGUAUAUUUGUACCUCUCAUGAACUCAAGGUAUGAUGAAAUGUUGGUAUCAGUACCAAAGUUGUUAAUGAUUAGAAUUAGCCUAUGAACUUUAGAUACACUAAUGAUUUUAGAUGUGUGAUAGAAUUGUUGACACGAAGCAAUCAUGGGCAUUUUUCUGUGAUCUUUUAAUGCAAUAAAUUUUUUGUAUACUUAUAGAAACUUUA